UAAAUCGAAAUUGGAAUCAUUUUAAAACAAGUUGAAUAUACACAAUAUUGAGAGUGUACUACGUAGAUGCUUUUCCUUGUAACGUAAAAUCGCAACACACCUUCCGCGCGAGAAUCCAUUACCACGGUCCAUUUCUGCCUCUUGUCGUCAAUUUAUUAAUCGUGUUUUGUACAUUUCCCGGCGAGAAAAAGGAGAAACGACCAACUCCCUGGCAAUCGUCUUCGGAACUUCAAAAAAAAUUCCCUCCAUUGAAUCAUUCCACUCGAUCGCUUCCUCCGUCGCAUUUCUCAAACAGAAAGCGUUCGUUCAACAAUGGCGAGUUCGCCCAACAUCGCGAUUAUGGGAGCUGGCAUCUUCGUCAAGACUCAGUACAUUCCCAGAUUGGCCGAGAUCUCCAAUCUCAUCGUCCUCAAAGCAAUCUGGAGCCGCUCUGAGGAAUCGGCGAGGGCUGCUGUGGAGAUAGCGCGCCGGCAUUUCCCCGACGUGGAGUGCAAAUGGGGGGACAAAGGACUCGGCGAGAUUCUCAACGACGAGUCCAUCAUCGGCGCCGCCGUGGUUCUCGCCGGACAAACUCAGGUUGAGAUGUCUCUGAAGCUAUUGAAGGCAGGGAAGCAUGUUCUUCAGGAGAAACCUGCGGCAGCUUCGGCGAGAGAGAUUGAAGCUGCACUCUCAGGUUACAAAUCCAUUUGUGCCAAAACUCCUGGGCAGCCAAUCUGGGCUGUGGCAGAGAACUAUAGGUUUGAACCUGCGUUUGAAGAGGGUAAAAGGUUGAUGGCUGAAGUGGGAGAAAUGAUCAAUGUACAAGUCAUCAUUGAAGGAUCAAUGAACAGCACAAACCCCUACUUCUCGAGUUCGUGGAGACGGAAUUUUACAGGAGGUUUCAUUCUUGAUAUGGGGGUGCACUUCAUUGCAGGACUUAGGAUGCUGGUUGGAAGCGAGGUAGCCACGGUGUCUGCCAGAACCUCUCAUGUGGAUACCAUCUUACCUCCACCAGACAACAUAUCUGCAGUCUUCCAGUUAGAGAACGGAUGUUCUGGAGUUUUUGCUAUGGUUGUCUCUUCACGAUCACCUAAGGUAGUCUGGCGAGUUGUUGGCUUAACCGGUACGCUUCAAAUCCAGCGUGGUAGCGAAGAUGGACGCCGCCAUGGUUACCUGGUAUCCUUCUUCGGCGGCGAUGGACAAAGCAAAAGCAGCUUCCACGCAUUCAGCGGUGUAACAGAAGAGUUGAAAGUAUUCAUACGUGACAUAACACAAGCUUCCCUUAAGAAGGAAUGUGGGUAUGAAGCCGAGCCACGGCUCACUUUCUUGGAAGGCGCUCGGGACGUGGCUCUACUAGAUGCAAUGCUUGAAUCCGGGAGGAAAAAGGGAGCCCAGGUCGAGGUCAAGCAGUUUUAGAUUCUUCAAGGACAGAAUUUUUUCCAAUUUGGCAGGGAAUUUUCUUUGUGUGUAGUUUGCUUUAGACUCUUUUUCUGCAUUGCUGUAUAGAUAAUGAAGGCAUUUUAUCAAUUGGAUCUUGAGACAAGAAUAAUAUUGUACUGAUUAGUGAUUAUGAUCAUCAAAGCGAUUUAGUACUGCAGUCUGCAGUGCUUAGUGCUAUUUCUGCUAUGGUUGAAAAAUUGGAAGAGAGUUUGGUGGCCAUGAAGGAACAGGCAUUUGAGACUCCAAUUCGCAGCUGGGCCUCCCCUGGCCCAAGUGCAAUUCCGCUCGGCAGGCUUACUUAACACAGCUAAAUGCAAUUACCCACGUAGCUAGCGAUGGCAAUAGAUCGGGCUAGCUAUAAGGUAUCAGACGUAUAUGCAUUUAAUUUUUUUCAUUUUUGAUAAGAUCGCGAAAAAGGAAGAUAGAUACGUUUGACUUGAACACAUUAAUAAUGCAUGGUGAAUAUUUAUUUGUUAACGUUAAAUCUAUCAUUAAAUUCUCACUGAAAGAAUCAUGUAAAUGAUAAUAACAUCAAUUUUUCUGAUCUUGCUUUAAACUAAGUAACAAUUAGGAGUUACUUUGGAAAAAAAAAUUAAACCUUCAACACACUUGCUCUAUUGAAAAAGGAAUCUGAAUGAUCCAUGGAAUAGAAUACGUGCAAAAAACUCUCAUUUCCUUUCUUCAAAUACAAGUUUUGUGAUGAGUAAUCAACUUUGAAAUUAAUUAGUCCAAAGAAAACAUGUCCUUAGACCUAAACAGAAAAGGCGACGGGAAUGGCGGACAGGGAGUGGUUUUGGGGAAAGAAGGAGGUGGGAGGAAGGAGGAAGGAGGGUUGGGUGGGGUUGGGUCAUGGGUUGGGUUGGGUUUAAUGACGUGGCGGGUCGGGUUUUAUUUUUGUUGAGUUAUAUCCGGCUGAUUAGGCAAUUCUGUUUGCCACAUCAUCACUUAACGGACUUCAUUAACGGAGUUGGACGGAGACUAACGAAGACUGACUAAAUGUGUCCAAUUUUAGUAAUUGUAGUGACCAAAUUUGAUAUUAACUUUUUCUAGUGACCAAACAUGUCCCGAUUUUAUAAUCUCAAUGACCAAAUGUGUCUUUAACCCAUUGCUUUUUUCUCUUUUUCCCUUCGUUUUCUCUCUUGUUUUCUUGUUCUUUUCCAGAUGGAUAGUUGAGUCUUGAAAGAAUCGAAAUUUGUUUGGGAACCAAGAAGGGAAGAAAGAAGGAGGUGGCUUUUGGAUUAAUGGGUCGUCGCCGAUCUCCAGACAGCUGGAAAUUGGGAUUAAUUCUUGUUUUUUUUUUUGGCUAUUCUUUGAUUAAAAACAAACACAAUAGUGAAAAUGAUAUGAAAUAUGACUCAAGGUUUGGAUUCAAUUAGAGAUAUUGAAAUGCUUGAUUACGAAGAAGGCGACACACACAAAUUAGUGAACCGAACUCCGAUUCUAGUUGCACUUUCGAGCCAAAUAAUGAUACAUUAUUGUUGAUAAUGACUUGAAUUGGACUAUCUGGCUACGACUGGAAGCUACAUGGUCUCGCUGUAUAGUAAAACCGUGUCUCUCCUGCCCGUGUUAGUAAACCACAUUAAUUUAUGUGUCUUGUUUCGUUUCUUGCUCUAUUGAUUCUCCAAUUUUCCGGUGUGUGUAAAGUGUAAACAGUCAGUGACAAUUGCAUUUCAAGUGUUGCUGAUUAGUGCAACCUAACACCAUUGGAUAAUUAUUAAUUGCGUGAUUCGAAAAACAUGAAAUUCUAGUUUAUGCAGUCAAAGGAAUUAUGAAUUGAACCAAAUGGUGGAUGGUGUAACUUUGACAUCCAAAACCCAUUAAUGUGACACGAGCAACAUUUCUCUUAUUUGACUAAAAAACAAGAAUUGCAAUCCAAAUUAGACUCAAGAAAAUGUCUCCUUGAACCUAUAGCUUCGAAUUGAAUAAGAACAAAACAAACCG